AGAAUUGAAGCUGAAAUGUACGGACUAAUUGUGUUUACGCUGGGCAUAACGCUCGCCAUGGGACAAGAAGAUAUGGCGGAUAUAAUGGAUGUGAAUCGGCUCAAAAUGCAAAGUAUUCGAGCGAAUCUCGAUCGUCGGGUGUCGCCCUGUACCAACUUCUGGGCCUUUGCCUGUGGGAAUUGGUCAGCCAAAUAUGUGGAUAACUUUGCGGUGGCUGAGAAGCAAUAUGCGCAAGCAAUGGCUCCAUUGCUGGACGGUGGUUAUGCCGGGAAGCUGAUAAAAGCGCCGCGAUUGUUGCAGAAAAUGUCGGACUAUUUUAAGGCUUGUGUGGACAAUGAGCACAAGGAGUUGGAGCUGCCGCAAGAGCUGCGAAUGGGAGACGCCGAUUGGACAGUGGCUGCAGCAAAGCUACGCAAGUACGGAGUCAAUGGUGUCUUCUUUGAUGAGGCGGCGGAUGUGGCCUACAACAAUUCCUUGCGCUAUGUGGUGCAGCUAAAGAUGCCCGAGGAUGAGAGCAGCUCCAGCACAGCACUUGGCCAAGAGUUGCUGGCUUUGAGUAAGAAAUACCGCCGGGAGGAGCCGCCACUGCAAUCCUGGACACUUGCAGAGCUGCAGCAGCAAAUACCUCAAAUCAACUGGCAGAAGUACUUUAAAGAAUUGCUGGCAACGGAGCCGAAGGAUGUGGAUCUUCUGCUGGAGGUCAGCGAUGUGGAGUACCUGCGUGCCGUGGGCGAGCUGCUGCAGCGGAGUAAUGUAACUACAGUGGAGCAGUAUCUGUGUGAUCGGCUGGCCAGUUUGGCCAAUCAGGCGUAUCCCAGAACCGAUCCCGCCGGCAGAGCUGCUGCCUGUGUACAUCAUAUGAGAGCCGUGCUGCCGCUGGGCAUGAACUACAUCUACGCUCAAUAUGUGUACGCGAGCAGUGAAGAGGCUGAGAGUCAGAUUGACAACACGCUUCACAUGUUGAGCGGUAUGUUUGAGCGGUAUAUAAAUGCAAAUCGCUUGGGCUUAAACCGGGAACAGUUGAGUUACGUGCGACAGAAGCGACAUGUGCGUUAUAUGUUUGGCAAUUUGCCAAAAGCCUCUAACAGCUCAGAGUUCUACAACAGUCACUAUGACAGUGCCAACUUCUCCAGCACGGACUUUCAGCAUAAUUUGUGGCAAGCUCUGCGACUGCGCACGUACCUGCAACAUGCCCCAUUGCUGCAACCAGAAGCAGCCGUACAACUGCAACACUACUAUGUGAAUGAUGAUGUGUUUGAGGCGCGAAAUGCGCCGUACUUUGUGCCGGAGCGUAAUACGAUCAUUGUGCCGUUGAUCUUUAUGCAGCCUCCGCUCCACGAUCCGCGCCAGCAUGCAGUGCUGCGACAUGGUCUGCUCGGAUUUAUACUCGCACACGAGCUGAGUCACGCCUUCGAGCACGAGGGCAUAGUCUUUGAUGCCGCCGGAAAUGAAUCGCCCAUUGGUUUAAGCAUACGCCAGCUGCCCAAAUUCCAAAGUGCUCUAGAAUGCUUUGAGAAGACACCAACCACAUCCCUGAAGGAGCGUCUGGCGGAUGUGAAUGGCCUGCAGUUGGCAUAUGAUGCAUUUUUUGGCUUGCAUCAUAAUUCCUCAGAGUUCGAGUAUCGACCUUAUGAAUUUGAGCGCGAGUUUUUGGCGCCGCAGUUAUUCCACUUGAGCUUUGCCCAGUUCUUUUGCGGCCGACUGCCGCCGGCCAUUGGCCAUGACAUGGACGAUGUGAGGGUCAAUGAGGCGGAGCGCAAUUUGCCUCAAUUCGCCAUCGAUUUCAAGUGUGCGCCACCAACGCAGUCGAUUGCCUGUGAAAUGUGGCGACCCGGCACUAAAAAGUAACAGCUCAACAUUAAAAUACCCUGUAAAAUGUGCCAAUAGUGAUUGCUCAGACAUUGCACAAGUGAAGCUUUUCAAAAAGUAGUAGCUAGCGUAGUAGCAGAAAUAGUAAGUAGUAGCUACACUGAUACUUUAUUUGUUGUACUUUAAAAUUUU